AUGAUGGCGCUAUCAGUCCGGGAUUUCUACAUAGGAAUCAUUUGCGCCUUGCCGCGAGAAUUCGAUGCUGUGACCUGCAUGCUUGAUACCGAAUACAAGCCUCCUUUUGAUCGACUGCCCCAGAGUGAAAAUACUGCAUAUGUUUUCCGAUACGGCCGCAUGAGCGAUCACAAUGUUGCCAUUGUAUGUCUACCUUCGGGGAAAACUGGCACCAUCUCGUCUGCCACAGUUUCCGUCAAGUUGAUGGCCAAUUUUCCGAACAUCAAGUAUGGCCUGAUGGUUGGAAUUGGCGGUGGAAGCCCUGGCCCAAGCCCAGAGAAUGAUAUCCGACUAGGAGAUAUCGUGGUGAGCCAGCCAGGCAAGGCGAGAAUCAUGGACAACUUUCGUGAUAUGAUUGCUCGCGAUUCAAACAGGACUGAGUAUUUUAUGGCGCCCGAUAUUGGCACGGAUGUCUUGUACGAAGCAACAUAUCAACAUCUUGAAGGGCAGCAGACUUGCGAACAAUGUGACGCGACAAAGGCGAGAAUGCGACCAGAGCGAGCCCUUGAAGGCCCACUCAUCCAUCAUGGACUGAUCGCAUCUGGAAACCAGGUGAUGCGUGACGGAGUGACUCGAGAUGCACUACGUGAUGAAUUGGGCGUAAUGUGCUUCGAAAUGGAGGGUGCAGGACUGAUGGACAAUCUCCCGUCGCUGGUAAUCCGAGGCAUCUGCGACUACGCCGAUACAAGGCAUGGCAAAAUUAUGCCGCUGCAAUGGCGGCGGCAUAUGUUAAAUCUUUUCUGCAAUGCCUCCCUCCAGAAAAGGGUGAGGCUCACUGACAAUGACAUCGAAUCAGCCCACAGGUGGCUCUCAAAACACCCUGAAGGAGAGAUUCACAAAGAUAAUUUGAGUAAACGACAAGAUGGAACCAAUCUUUCGUUCAUUGAAAGCCGCAAGUUCAAUGAGUGGCUCAAUUCGUCGGAGAAAAGCUUCCUGUGGGUUAGAGGAAUCCCGGGUGCUGGGAAGGCGAUUAUUGCCUCUACGGUAAUAGAUACACUUCAAGCCCAUGUCCAGACGCGAAACAUUGCAUUGGCCUUCUUCUAUUGCACAUUUACGAACAGCGAAACGACAGACUAUCAGACAAUUCUAGGAAGCUUAGUAUCCCAGGUUUGUUAUAGGAGCCGGUCUGCGCUCCAGUCCCUGAUUGAUCAUCAAAGAGCGAAUCUAAGGUACAACGUGGCACAACAAUUGCCUCCUCCCAAACUAGAGGCUCUCAAGGAUAUUCUACAAAGAGGCCUCGACGAUCUUGAUAGCAUAUUCCUUGUCAUUGAUGCUCUCGACGAAUGCAGCGACCGUUCAUCCAUUACGAAGGAACUUCGUGGUAUAUUUGACAAUACAAAGGGCAAUCUGAAGAUCCUUGCGACUAGUAGAAGUGAAGGUGCCAUUGAAAGACAUUUCAAAGGACAACCAGAUAUAUGGCUCACAGAGCACACACAUAACGAUGUGAAAAUCUUCGUUGACAGUCGCGUGGCCUCCAUGAGGAACGAUACAGAAAAGGAAGAUAUAUCUGACAGGAUGCUGCACCGAGUCCAGAAAACUAUCCCGCGUAUUGCCGGCAAUAUGUUUUUGCUAGCCCGAUAUCAAAUGGAGAUAAUAGAGGAAUGUGACUGUGACGACGAUCUCGAAGAGAUUUUGGAAGACCUACCUGGAGACAUCGAUAAAAUGUAUGUCCGCAUUCUAGAAAAGCUUGCGGAUAUGGUCCGGAAUAACAAAGUCCGGAGAAAACGACAGCGCGCAAUAAUACGGUGGCUCGUUGCUGCAAAGCGCCCCCUCAAGCUAGAUGAGUUGGCGGAAGCUGUAACUAUUGGUCGAGGCCAGCAAGAGCUUCGAAAAACAGGAGUGGUACACGGAAAACCCCUGAUCGACAUUUGCGGACCAGUGGUGUACGUCAACGAAACAACAAAAGAAGUCACCCUCUGCCAUUUCUCGUUGAAAGAGUUUCUGAUCAAGGAUCGAUUUACUGAAGCCAUCAGUAAUCCAAGUCAUUCUAAGUUACUAUCCUACCGUGUAGACCUUCAAAAAGUUCAUGAAAAGCUUGCCAGAAACUGCUUAAUCUAUCUUUCGUUCGAAAUAUUCAAGACGCCUUACGUCGACGAGGACGAUCUAAACCGGUGUCGACAAGAAAACCACUUUCUUGACUAUGCAGCAUAUCACGUUGGUGAUCACUGCAGGGAACUAUCAAUUUGCAGCGACUCUCUAGUGGCCUACUUGGAUUGCUUUUUUCUUCCCGAGCCACAACUUUCGUCUAUACAGAGUUCUGAAUUGACAAGUAGAGUCAAUGGGUAUAGAGCACUGACUACAGUCAGCGUUCUCUGUCCUCCAGUAGGAGAUGAAUAUUGCGGCUGUUAUACCAGCGACAUCCAUGGAGAGUUCCGCGGAUGGCAGUCAAUAAAUGGGAUUGACCUUGCUCAGCCUAGCGACGAAGAUGGUGAGAGACUCGUCAAGAUGUGCAUGGAACACCAAGAGCAAAACUUUGCUUCGCAUCCCAGCUGCAGGUCUUGGCUACAGCUCUAUCGCAUUCUGGCACCGGGAACGAGGAAGGAUCACCAUGGCAAUAUAACUCCUCUCUACUUUGCCGCCCUUUUCAAUUGGCGCGCCGGGGUUGAAGUUUAUCUAGAGCGAAUCCAAGGCCGGUUGACGACGAGUGAUCUGAAUCAUGCCUUGAGAGGCGCUGCUAUCGGAGGCUCAGACAAAGACGAAGAUAAAGAUAACAAUACUUGUGCUGAGCUGAUCAGAAUCCUUAUCCAGGCGGGUGCAGAGGUAAAUUCACAUGUGCCAGAUCUUGGCAGUGCCUUGCAAUCAGCUGCAUUUUGCUCUAAUCUGGAAGCAACCGAUGCGCUAUUUCGACACGGAGCAAGAUUAGAGGAUGAUGAGAAGAACAUUUAUCGACCUGGUGGAACAGCUGGAGGAGCACUAGAGUCAGCAGCCAUGGCUGGCGACCAAGAGUUGAUUAAGAUGUUGAUCGCCAAUGGAGCCAAUGUGAACCGCGUCGGUGCGUGGAAUGGGACUGCGCUCAACGUCUCCGUCCGCCAUGUAGAUAUCGAGCUUAUAUCAUACCUUUUGGAUCUCGGUGCAGACCCAGCCAUUUAUGCCGGGUACAAUACCAGCACACUCCAUCAACUUGCCGGCGGCUGGGUACCGGAUUCUGCUAAAGCAUCAGCCAUACUCCAGUUGGUCUUGGAGCGUUGCGGCGCCGGUGCAAAUCUCAAUCCUUAUCCUUACGGAACUCCUUUACAGCAAGCUUGCUUCGCUGGCCAAAGAGACAAAAUCCACAUCCUAUUGUCGGCAGGCGCAGAUAUUCAUGCUGAAAGCGGCCAGUUUGGAGACGCAAUCCAAACGGCCUCGAUGCAUGGAAACGGUGAGAUUGUGACAGAUUUACUUGACAAGGGCGCCAACCCGGAUUCAGAUGCAAGACUCCUGGAAUCCAGAUGGAAUGUCAACUUUGAAGCGCCAUUUUAUGGAAGAAUUACCGUCCUCCAAGGCGGACAGGGAUUGGUUGAUCACUGGUUUGAUGCUGGUCCCUCUUCCUUUGACGUUGCACUGCCUCGGUUUGGAUUCUACGCUCCUGCUCUUCAGGCGGCUGUUCGAUGGCGUUCGGACCAUUGGAAUAAGAUCAUCUUGCUGCUCGAGAAUGAACCAACGCACCAAGAAGGCCACGAUGGAAGCCCUCUUCAAGCAGCCGCCUUGUUUGGGGAAUUACAGAACGUCAAUGCGCUUCUUGGGGGCUCGGAGUUACGCGCAGAUCCUAAUCAUGCCUCCGGUGGCAUCUUCAACACCGCGUUGCAAGCAGCAUCGUACAACGGGCAUGAAAAGAUUGUCAACACGCUUUUACACCACGGCAGUGAGAUCAACCAGGGUGGAGGCUUAUACGGGUGCGCCCUAUUGGCUGCGGCGGCGGCUGGACACGAAGACAUCUGUCGUCUUUUGAUCGAGAGUGGCGCGGAUCAAGACCAGCUGGAUACUCAUGGGUGGUCUUACUCCGACUGGCGUCUUCAACGGGCCAGAGCCUCUGUACGGACUGGAGGAAGCUCUACUGGAGCCCUUGGACCCACCGAAUUUGGUGAUGGGACCUUCAAGUCACCACAGUUGAAAUUGGGCGAGAACCGCAUAGAAGUUGAAUUUCAGGGCGUGCCAUGCUGCACAUCGGUGGAGUUUCUGUUUGGUUGGCUAACUGCCGGUCGUCCAUGGAUGAUGGCAUACGCUUUAUCAGCCCCUUCCAGUAUUGCGGCCUCACUGCUGGCGAAUCACCCAUUUCCACCAUGUCAAAGCUCUUAUUUCGAGUUUACGGUUGCUUCAGCCGGAGAUGAAGGCAUUAUUUCUAUCGGCGUUGGCGACGAGCUUAUGCCUCGCUUUGAGCUGCCUGGUCGAUUUCCCCGGUCCUGGGGCUAUGAGGGAUCGACGGGGAAAUGCACUGGCGAGAGGAAAGAUUUGGCGACCUUUGACAGAUUUUUAUGA